AUGGCCGCCGCCGACAGUGCUCAAUUCUCCCUAGCAAACCUUCCGCUCGGAAUCGCGACAACUACCAACAAGGCAAUCUCACAGCAUCAAAAUGUCCCAGGAAUCGUCACUCGCUUGCACGAUUACGUCUACUUCCUCUCCGCCAUGCAACAAAACGGCCUCUUCGGACACGACACGCUGACGUCUGAGAUCAAGGAUGCAAUCCAGCAGAGAACCCUCAACGGCCUCGCAAGCCUCGGACGACGCGCCCACCGACAAGUCCGAAACGCCAUGCAGAGCAUUCUACGAGCUACCACCGAAGAGCCAUCCUCAAUCUCGCCACAGCUGGCUGCCUGUCGCGUACCCAUCAGCGACGUCAUCAUGCACUUGCCCGUUACGAUUGGGGACUUCUCCGACUUCUCCUGCAGCGUCGACCACGCGCUCAAUGCUGGUGAGGCAGUCGUGGGCAUUCGCAAGCUUCCGCCAGGCUUUCUGCAUUUUCCUAUCGGCUACGGCGGGCGCAGCAGCUCUAUCAUGGUUUCCGGUGGUGAUGUGCUCAGGCCGUGGGGUCAUUUCAAACAGGGCAGCACAGUGGCAGAAGUUGUCUUCGCACCUUCGCGUGCUGUAGACUUUGAGCUAGAGGUCGCGUGCGUCGUCGGCAAACCAUCUGAACCAGGUCGUUUGGUUCCUGCCUCGGAGGCCGCGGAGCAUAUAUUCGGGUUUGUGUUGCUGAAUGACUGGAGCGCCCGCGAUAUCCAGACUCUCGAAAUGCCGCCCCUCGGACCUUUCCUCGGCAAGUCAUUCGCUACCACGAUUUCGCCCUGGAUCAUACUCGCAGAUGCGCUGGAACCCUUCCUAGUACCGGUCCCGACGCGCCAGAUACCUGUCGCAGACCACUUCACGCCCAGUGGUGAGAAGGGCCAUUACGCGGUAACCCUUGCUGUGGACGUCGGCGCUGCUCCUCCCCAGGGCAAUGGCGGUAGCGAAGGUACCAGCCAAGAUAACAGAAACUCCUCGUUGACGCGGGCGUGCACGUCUCAAUUGGACUCGAUCUACUGGACAAUCGCCGACAUGCUGGCACAUCAGACAAGCAAUGGGUGCGCGAUUCGGACAGGUGAUCUGUUGGCCACUGGCACUGUAAGCGGAAGCGAAAGGGGAUCGUUUGGUUGCUUAUUAGAGAUCACGAAGGGUGGUAAGGAGCCUUUUGUGUUGGGCGAGGGUAAGAUUGGUGGUGAGAAGGCGGAGCGGAUGUAUCUUGAGGAUGGAGAUACGGUCGUCAUGAGUGGAUGGGCUGGAGAUAUUGGUAGUGACAGUUGCGUCGGAUUUGGCGAGUGUCGUGGGACGUUGAGGGCGGCAAGGUCCCUUGAUCGCUGA